AUGGCUGGGCAGAGAGAAAUGAGAUACAGAGUUCAGAGGGGCAUCAUCGAUGAAGAGAGAUUGGAGGAGUUGGCUCAGAGGAUUGACUACUCUAACAUUAAUCCUUCCCUGACUGAGCGCCUGAAAAACAAUUUUAGAUGCACAACAACCAAACUGAAGAGAGCUGUGGUGGGCUGUCUGCCUAUACUUUACUGGCUGCCCAGAUACUCUAUCUUUGAUUAUGGCAUGGCUGACCUCAUCUCUGGUAUCAGUGUGGGCAUCAUGCAUCUACCUCAAGGGAUGGCAUAUGCGCUACUGGCCUCCUUGCCCCCAGUGUUUGGACUUUAUUCAUCGCUUUAUCCUACUUUGGUCUACUUAUUCUUUGGGACAUCCCGUCAUAACUCAAUUGGCACAUUUACAGUGGUCAGCAUUAUGGUGGGCAGUGUGACAGAGAGAUUAGCUCCAGACAUGAAUUUCUUGAUCAUGAAUGGUACCAACGUUAGUGCGGAGGUGGACAUCACUGCCCGGGACGCCUAUAGGGUUCAGGUAGCAGCUACAGUCACUCUCUUGGGAGGACUUAUACAGGUGGUACUGGGUUUAGUGAAGUUUGGCUUUGUGGGGACCUACUUGUCCGAGCCAUUGGUGCGGGCCUACACAACUGCAGCUGCUUUUCAUGCGGUAGUUGCACAAAUUAAGAGCUUAAUUGGGGUGUCAGCGACACGUCACGUAGGGCCCUUCUCACUGGUUUACACUCUGGUGGAUGUGUGCUCCCUGCUACCUCAGACCCACCUUCCCACUCUACUGGUCAGUGCUGUAUCCAUCGUGUUUCUCAUCGCUGCCAAGGAGCUCCACUCCCUGCUCGGCCCAAGACUUCCUGUACCCAUCCCAGUGGAACUCAUAGCAAUUGUGGUGGCAACGUUGAUAUCAUCCAAUACCAACUUAAAUGGCAACUACACUGUCUCAGUAGUGGGUGAAAUUCCUAGCGGCCUCAGUCCACCAAGCAUACCAGAUUACAGCCUUUUUGGAGAGGUUGUUGUGGAUGCUUUUGCCAUGGCGAUGGUGGGAUAUGCCAUCUCCAUCUCACUAGGGAAGACGUUUGCUAUAAAACACGGCUACAAAGUGGACAGCAACCAGGAACUGGUGGCGUUAGGUCUCAGUAAUGGAAUAGGAGCCUUCUUCCAAUGCUUCUCUGUCUCCGCCUCUAUGUCACGCAGUCUCAUCCAGGACAGCACUGGAGGUAAAACACAGAUUGCUGGAUUAGUCUCUUCUGUUAUAGUACUGGUAACCAUACUGAAACUUGGACCACUCUUCCAAGAACUGCCCAAGGCAACACUUGCAGCUUUAGUCUUAGUAAACCUAAAGAGCAUGUUUAAGCAAUAUUAUGACAUUAUAACUCUCUGGAAGACGAACAAAGUUGAUCUGGUGCUAUGGUUAUUCACCUGGACAGCCACAAUGCUGUUCAAUCUUGACAUGGGCCUUGCUUUUUCCAUUGCCUUUGCUUUACUAACAGUGAUCUUAAGAACCCAACUUCCAAGGUAUUCUGUUCUGGGGCAUGUUCCAGGAACAGAGCUGUACUUGGAUAUGGAGACCAACAGAGAGGUGAGAGAAGUAACUGGAAUCACAAUCUUCCGCUCGUCUGCCACGGUGUACUUUGCCAAUGCUGAACUUUACCUGGAGGCUCUCAAACAAAAGAGCGGACUGGACAUCAGCAAGAUUGUAAUCUACAAGAGGAGACAAGAAGCUAAGCAGAGACGUAGACAGAAGAGAGCUGAGAGAAGAGCUCAACGUGAAGCCAAGAAACAGGUUAAGGUGAUAGCAGCUAAACAGGGUGCUAUAGGGCCAGUGUUUUCAGUGGAGGAAGAGGUGGCUCAAUGGACGGACACAAAUGUGGAUGCAGAGUCCCAACAGCAGUAUCGAGGGCGGGGAAAUGGCACUGUGUUUGUCAUGCCCACUACACCUCUGACACCUGAGAGCCACUGCAGCUGGGAAUACCUCAAAAGCGGGGAUCCAGACACCACAACUCUGGGGUCAGUGUCUGAACUGCAGGACGGGGACACCACAACUCUGGGCUCCAGUAGUGAGGAUACCCUGAGCCGUGACCUGGAGAGAGUCUCUCUGGGCUCUCUGGGAAAGUGGUCUUGGGAUAUUCACUCCAUUAUACUGGACCUCUCAGCAUCCAACUUCAUAGACACAGUGGCUAUCAAGACCAUGCAAAAUAUAUUCCGUGACUUUGGUGAGAUUGAUGUUGAUGUCUACAUGGCUGGGUGUCAGGCCUCUGUUGUGGAGCAGCUGGAGCAGGGGGGAUUCUUCUCUAAGUCCAUCACCAAAGGACUUCUGUUUGCCACAAUCCACGAUGCAGUGUUGCACUGUCUAGAUCAUCAUGGAGCAUCACCAUUGUCCAGAUACGAGGAUUCAGUGAAUAUGCAGAGCAGCACAAAACUAUGAAGAUUCUGACCUGCAUGCAAUAUGGAUGUG